AGUAUGGAACCUGAACCAAGCAGGUAGUGGAACGGCAAGAUCGCAACCAUCUUAUGUACAGACUUUACGGAAAUAAUUUCCGAACGAUAACCCUGCAAAUAAUCUCCUGCUAAGACACUACAACCACACCUCCAUCAAACAAAAACACCAUGGCCCCCCCUUCAGCUCUCAACAUCGCGACCCAAUCGGUCAACCGCCUCGUCAGGGAGGAAUCCUACUACCACAAAGAGCAGACCUCCCAAGAGGCCCGCAUCAAGAAGCUCCAAGACGAAAUCGCCGCCAACAGCCCUGAGCUGGACAGCAACGCUCCCUACGUUCUCAAGCAGGAGCAAACGGCACUUGAAGAGACCAAGGCAGUGUUUGGCCCCCUCAUCACCAGGAUUGCUGGGGCGGUUCAAAAGCUUGAGGAGCAGAUUGCCAUUUCCGAGAGUGAGGGCUCGGCUUCCGAGGAGGAUCUGAAGAAGGCUAAGGAGGCGUUGGAGAAUGGCAAGAAGCUGACGGAGAGCGUUUGAGAGGUGAGGGAUCCAGAUGAAGAAAUGAUAGAGGAAUGGUGCAAAUUUACCACAUAUCGAGAUUCGGUGAAAGCUGCGGAGUGAUUGGGCCUUCGACGUCUUUGAAGAGGUAACCAUUGGGAUUUCGACAUG